CUGCAGAAUGCGGUGUGGGAGGCAGAGGGCCAGUAGGCCGUAGGGGUGUGAUUAAUUGACCAUGUUUGGGGAAGCAGCAUUAAUUAUGAUCGAUGUUUUAUAUAAAACGUAAACAACUUUGAAAAGCCUACCACAACCAUUAUUGAGCGAUUUUAGAUAAAGAGUUUCUUUGACAAGAUGAGUGCUGUAUGUGUAAUGAAAGGUGAGAAGGUGACUGGCACCAUCCACUUCAAGGAGGAUGGCGACUCCCUAGUGCUCACUGGCGAGCUCACUGGACUAUCCCCAGGAGAGCACGGCUUCCACAUUCACCAGUUCGGCGACAACACACAGGGCUGUACAUCCGCUGGUGGUCACUUCAACCCCGAGGGCAAGCAACACGGAGGCCCCAACCACAACGAACGACACGCCGGUGAUCUCGGCAACGUCACAGCUGAUGAGAGCGGCAAGGCCACUAUCAACAUCACCGACAAGCACAUCGCGCUGGCCGGCAAGUCUGGAAUUAUCGGUCGCACUGUUGUGGUUCACGAAGGCACGGAUGACUUUGGAGAGGGAGGUCACGAUGACUCCAAGACCACUGGCCAUGCUGGAGGUCGAGCUGCGUGUGGUGUUAUUGGCAUUGCCAAGUAAAUGGGAUAUAUAUAUAUAUACUCAUUGAAUGUAUUGCUUGUAUAUAUGGGGCUUAUAAGGAAGGGAAAAUCAAUGCUAAGUGAAUGUGGUGCUCAAAAGCUGUAUAUAUAGAAGGCAGAUUCGCAUAAAUAAAUGAAAGAUUUCGGUUUUGUGAACCAAAUGUUCAUAUCUGCAUUUGUGGGUUUAAUUUCUUCCGCGCAAAUCGGCGAUCUAACCAGAUGCAAUUGCCACUGGUGUAUGGCUUUAAUAA